AUGCCAUCAUAUAUCUACCAGCCCGAGCUGUCCCACGGACUACCAACCACUAGCCAGGUUCGUGGUUUCCAUACUCUGCCGGACGCUCACGCCAAUGAGUUGGAGAGCAUGGUGCAGGAGCUCAGCCAUGGACUCCCCACGAUGGACACUGACACUGUCAUGAAAGAGGGGAUUAUCGAUCGCAUGCUUAUUGACGAUGAUCCUGGCCGAGUCCGGUAUCCGCUCCUCGACCUGAGCGGCCUCGAGGAGGAUACACUUCAUACUUUCCGCAUAUGA